GGAAGCCUGGCUAAUGCAUUUAGAAGUGAAACUCGGUCAAGUAAAUAGCUGUGUCAAAAGCUGUGUUUUAGAAUCGUAUGACAACUUAAGAUGAGUUUUGAUUGAAGGCCUACUCUUGAAGGAUCUAUAUCACUCAUCAACGCACUGUACAUUUCAGCCAUGGAGCAACCUGCGCCCAAAGGCAAACUGAAGAAGCUAAGCGAGGACAGUCUAACCAAGCAGCCAGAGGAAGUCUUCGAUGUCUUGGAAAAGCUUGGAGAGGGGUCGUAUGGCAGCGUGUUCAAGGCGAUCCACAAGGAGUCGGGGCAGGUGGUGGCCAUCAAACAGGUGCCAGUGGAGUCAGACCUGCAGGAGAUCAUCAAGGAGAUCUCCAUCAUGCAGCAGUGUGACAGCCCGUACGUAGUGAAAUACUAUGGCAGCUAUUUCAAGAACACAGACCUGUGGAUCGUCAUGGAGUACUGCGGAGCUGGCUCUGUUUCAGACAUCAUCAGGCUGCGCAACAAGACGCUCACGGAGGACGAGAUUGCCACCAUCCUCAAGUCGACCCUGAAGGGGCUGGAGUACCUGCACUUCAUGAGGAAGAUCCACCGCGACAUCAAGGCCGGAAACAUCCUACUCAACACGGAGGGUCACGCCAAACUGGCCGACUUUGGAGUGGCCGGACAGCUCACUGACACCAUGGCCAAGAGAAACACUGUGAUUGGCACUCCGUUCUGGAUGGCCCCCGAGGUGAUCCAGGAGAUCGGCUACAACUGUGUGGCGGACAUCUGGUCUCUGGGCAUCACGGCUAUCGAGAUGGCGGAGGGCAAGCCACCCUACGCAGACAUCCACCCCAUGAGGGCAAUUUUCAUGAUCCCGACCAAUCCUCCUCCGGCGUUCCGCAAGCCGGAGCUGUGGACGGAUGACUUUACGGACUUUGUCAAAAAGUGCCUGGUGAAGAACCCGGAGCACAGAGCCACGGCCACACAACUCCUGCAGCAUCCCUUCAUCACCAAUGCCAAGGCGGUGAGCAUCCUGCGCGACCUGAUAACAGAGGCCAUGGACAUGAAGGCCAAGAGGCAGCAGGAGCAGCAGAGGGAGAUGGAGGAGGACGAGGACAACUCGGAGGAGGAGGUGGAGGUGGACUCCCACACCAUGGUCAAGACUGGCUCGGAGGGAGCGGGCACCAUGCGUGCCAGCGGGACCAUGAGCGACGGGGCGCAGACCAUGAUCGAGCACGGCAGCACCAUGCUAGAGUCGGACCUGGGCACCAUGGUCAUCAACAGUGAUGACGAGGAGGAGGAAGAGGACGUGGGCUCCAUGAGGAGGAACGCCACCAACCAGCCAGCGCAGCGGCCGUCCUUCAUGGACUACUUUGACAAGCAGGACUCCAACAAGGCCCAGGAGAGCUACAACCACGGCCAGCAGGAGCAGUACCUCAUCCCCAAGACGUCCUUCCCUGAGAGCUGGAAGGUGCCGCAGGACGGAGACUUCGAUUUCUUGAAGAACCUGGACUAUGAGGAGCUCCAGAUGCGUCUGAGUGCGCUGGACCCCAUGAUGGAGCGCGAGAUCGAGGAGCUGAGGCAGCGCUACACCGCCAAACGCCAGCCCAUACUCGACGCCAUGGACGCCAAGAAGCGGCGCCAGCAGAACUUCUGAGCCGUACACACACACACACACACACACACACACUGAGGAAGAAGAAUGAUCGCACACAUACAUACACAAUGAGAAGGAGGAAGAUCGAACACACGCACACACACACACACCAAGGAGAAAGAACGCCCACACACACACAGAUACGCUCACAUAUAUCAGGAGGAAUAACAGCUGAUUCAAUGCACCAAUCAUCGCACAUCAGGCUGACAAGCUGUGACAAACUGGUUUAUCUAUCCCAGAGGUAGUCGCACAAACAAUAGCAAAGCAGCCCAUUUAGUUCCUUAAAAUAAAACCAUGGGCUGUUGUCCAAGUGUAGUCAUUCACCCAAAGUAUGUUCACCAAGAAUGAGAUGUAAAUCUUCUAAUACAGGAACCCCACGGUUCUAUAGACCCUUAUGUUAUGAAAUGUACCUCUUUGAGCUCGGUUAGCCGCAAAACCACCAUGUUGGAAAUUGGCCCCUAACGAUCACAGGGGGACAGUGCGCUCAGCCCUCCUACCCGAAACGGUGGCUAUCGUGGGACUAUAUCAUCUGUGACUGACUAUUUCAAGUCAUUUUUUUUCUUUCUUUUGCAAGAUCACUUUAUGAAAAUAAUGUUGUAUAUCAUUGAUGUAAUUUUGCUGUGAUGAUACCUUUAUGAUAUUAUUAACUACAUACUAUUCAGAGAAUCCAUUUUAGAUCAUGUCCGACAAUAGCAAUACCCAAUUUCUCCUCCUAUCCACACCAGUAAGCUACGGCCAUACCCGCCUCUAUUUGAUCACUCAGGCUCAAGUUAAAAUAGGUCUAUCUUAAGCUCGCAACCGGCAACAUUGCAUCGCUUGUACUGUUUUCGCAGUCUCGGGCUUCACGUAGCUCGAAGAUGCACAUUCAGCGUACAGUUCAUUCAGCAUAAACUCCCAAGCCCGACCUAUGCUUGUGGCAGUGCGCUUCGCUGACGCCCCGCCUCUGAGGAGGAAACGAAAGCGUUUCCCCACUGUAAGCCUAGCCACGACAACUUUUGGGUGACUUUUCCUCAUUCAACAUCCUGAUUGCAAAUGAGAAAAUGACAAUUGAAUUGCGCUUUUGAAAGAUAUUAAAUUAAACUCGUCAAUGACGUCUUGCCAUGUCAUCACGCGGCCACAAGCACAAGGGAGGAUGGGAGUUCGCAUAAUAGAAAGAACCCUCAAUUGACUGAUCUUGCUCAGUGAUUAGCGAGUAGCGACGUGUGUGUGACGCAGCUUAAAAACUGACAAAUGAAGGAAAGUCUUUUUUUUAUCAUUAUUUCACGUACCGACAAUUAGUAUGUUACUGCAUGGGGGAAAGGGAAAUUCGGAACGUAGAAGAAGAUGAUGAGAAGAAGAAAAGGAAAAAAAGUAAAUUCCAAGUAUAUUUUUAACCACUGAUGGAAUUUGUGGGGAAAAUAAUUUCUCAACCAAAGACAAUCACAUGAAGAGAAUGCCUUAGAAUGUUGUUAUUUUUUUCCUGGUGCCGUUGCAUUGCUGCGUCGGCAAAGAAAAAGAGUAAAUACUGUAUAUAUUAUUAGUGUUCUGAACCACUCAACGUCACAUUUGUUUUAAUUAUUGUUUUUAAAGACACAUGGUUUUUACUCCAUAUUUACUCCACUAUUUGGCUCUGUUUAAAAGCGCACUGAUAGAUAUACCUAGCCUGGCUAUUACCAGCCUGAAUAUCUUAAUUCCUAGGCUAAGAAAUUCCCCUUCUAGUCCAUCUCUGUUUACUUCUUGGUGAAUGUGAAUUGAUUUUUUUUUUCACCCUUUUCAUUUCUUUUAUUUUAUUCCCUAAAUGAUUUUUCGUUUUAAUGAUGGUUUGCAGUGAGGGUCGUUUGCGGCAGAAUGUUUUCAAUCAGACUAUUCUCUCUGCUUUUAUCAUUUGCAGUGUGUAACCAAGUAGCCCCCAUGCUUCAGCGCCCCCAGUUUUGUUCUGUCUCUCUUGUUGUGCUCUGCUCGACUCUGGGAUGCCAUGAAUUGAACUCAGGGGCCCUUUGAAUACGAUUGCCACGUCUGCUAGUUAUGGCCCAAGUUACCUUACUCUCAAUAGUACUUUAUUCAGAACUUUGAGCAGAACAGAGCUUUUGUAACUUUUAUGUCUUUUCUGCUAACUUCACUUUUGGUGAAACGCUACCAAGUGCACAGCCUAGGCAUGCAAGUUUUUGGUCAAAUGUGAAAUGUUAUGAUGAAAUGUUAAUGGGGGACUGUGGUGUUUGAUUUCGUUAUGUCUAGGGACCAGAGUGUGUGUUUAGUCUUCUUUACAUCUUAGCCAAGGACAGGAGCCUAACACCCACAGAUAAUAUGCAGAGUGUUGACUUCUUUCUUUCUUUCUUUCUUUCUUUCUUUCUUUCUUUCUUUCUUUCUUUCUUUCUUUCUUUCUUUCUUUCUGUGUACCUGUCUGUCUCCCUCUAUCUUAAUAGGCCUACUUCUCUUUUUGACUGUCAAAAGAGUCAUUUUUGAAGGAUGGUGGUGAUUGUUAUUUUGUCAGACAGCGUUAAAUGUAAGACCAUACCUGAGUUUAAAACUACAGGACCCUACCAUGACCAAGUUUUAGUUGCACACUUUGCUUUCCUUUUCCUUUUCUGCUUUGGUGCUGCUGAAUGUUAGCAUGCACCAAACACAACCUCAUGAUCAUACAUAGCUGCCUUAUUUAGUUGUCUACUCUUGUGUGAACAAGUGUACACAUAAUGUUCCUUUCUCUGACAUGUACAACUUUUUAUUCUUACAGAAAGAAACUAAUUUAUUGUUUAUAUGUAACAUUAUACCAUGUUUUGUAACGGCGCCCUUGGAUGGGUUUCAUGAAUAAAGGUCAAUACUAAAGAACUGGAAUUUUGUUGAUAUUGU